AUGUCUCGUUCGAUGAUGCUCGUUGUUCAUUCAACCGUCAGCCAUGAGCAACUCGACCAAGUUACUGUCAAGUAUCAACUUGUCAAUGAGGAUGAUUCCAUUCUCCCUGUUGCGAAUGUCGUCAUCGAUCGCCCUUCACCGGGCAAGAGUUCUAAGUCUUCGAUCGGCGUUCGUAAAUCUUAUGAUGGCAUAAAUGACGAUCAUACUCCCCUUGUUGCCACUAGGAAUGUGAUUAAUAUUGAUGGUGAUAGAGAGGACGGAAGUGGUGAACAACCCUUAAUCGGACAUAAGAGAGACAUGGAUUCUGCUACCUCUACUUCUCCAUCAGCUGUUCUAUCAGGUGGAUAG